AUGGUCCAUCCCACCUCAAAACCAAGGCUCCUCCGUGGGGCUGGUCCUUGUCUGCCUUUGGUUUCCAUCCUGGCCUCAAGGGUGACGUGCAGGUGA